ACCCGCUCUCUCUCCCGACGCCAGUAUUUGCGAAUCAAAACAAGGGUUUUCUUCGAGUCCGAGCUCUGCAGUUCCCCUCAGCCUCCGACCAUGGCCGACCGCUCCAAUGCCGACGAUCUCCGCCGCCGCCUCUCCGUCGAUGCUCCGCCUCCUCCGGUCCCCAAAGACAUGCAAGGAUCUGAUAAUCCUUUUCCCCUUUCUCCACAGUGGCUCUUGCCAAAACCUGUGGACAAUAAGCUUGGAAUAUUGUCUGGGGAGCCUCAUCCCAGUUCUCACCAUGGAAAUCGUCCCGAUGCUAUGAGGGCAUCGGGAAUUGGUGAGGACUCUCAUGAUGCUGGAAAGAGAAAAGAUGUUUUCAGACCAUCCUUGCAUGACUUGGAACCCGGGCGUCGUGACCGCUGGCGUGAUGAAGAAAGGGAGACACAAUCUGCUAUUCGUCGUGAUCGCUGGAGGGAAGCAGACAAGGAGUUUGGAGAUACUCGCAGAACAGAACGCUGGUCAGAAAAUUCUGGGAGACAUUUAGGGGAAGCACGGAGAGCCCCAUCAGAAAGGUGGCCUGACUCUGUUAAGCGAGAUGAUAACUAUGACCAACGUCGUGAGAACAAAUGGAACUCACGGUGGGGCCCUGAUGAUAAGGAAUCAGAUAAUCGCCGUGAAAAGUGGUCAGAUACUAGCAAAGGUUACGAUGGGUCCCGUGAAAAGGGAACUUCUCAUCCAAGUAUUCAUGGUAGGGAUAUAACUAGUCAGGCGAAGGAUGCAGAUGGGGAGGGAGAGCAUUCUCGCUCAUGGAGGUCUAACUCCUUCCUAGCUCGUGGGCGAGGGGAGUCUAACCUUUCCCAAUCAUUGACUCCAAGCAAGCAAGCUCCAUCCUUUGGUUAUGGUAGAGGGAAGGGUGAAAAUGGAGGUUCACCUUUUUCUGCUGGUCGUGGGAGAGUCGAUACUAGCUUGAGCAUGGUGAAUAAUGGCACAUCUCGUUCCUAUACCCUAGGUUUCACCCCUGAGAGGUCCGACAGUGCCCAUGGAGAUCCAUGCAAUUUGAGAUACAGUAGGAUGAAACUACUUGAUAUUUACAGGAUGACUGAUUUAAAGAGCUUUAGAAUAUCACUGGAGGAGUUUUUGGAUGUCCCUUCUCUGACAAUAGCAGAACCUCUGGAACCUCUAGCCCUUUCUGCACCGACUUCAGAAGAAUUGGUUACUCUUAAAGCAAUUGACAAAGGAGAUAUUGUUAGUAGCGGCUUGCCACAAGUUUCUAAAGAUGGCUCCGUGGGGAAGAACUCUGUGGAUCCUGCCAUGUCAAAACCACCUAGAUUAGGGAGUAGAGAAGAUACAACAUUUGGGUCUGGUGAUUAUAAAGAUGAGAGUGGCAAUAACAUACAGGGUGAUUAUUCCAAUUACUUGGAGAGUGCAACACAUCGCUAUCAGCAAGGUUCAGGUUCAAAGGCAGCAUCAAGUCAUCUAUAUCAGGAGAAUAAAUUAUCAUCUGAAGAUGAGAUGGGUAAUAAGGAAGUUAGCAUGCUUGAAAGAUCAUCUUCCCAUCAUAGCCCUUGGAGAUCCCAAUCAGCACGAGAGCGCUCUCGUGGAUCAUCUACAGAUUGGCAAGAUUUAUCCUCGGAAGCGAGAACCAGAUCAUCAGAUGUGAGUCGGCAUCUACAGAAAAAUCUUGAAAGCGAACAGACUUACUUCAGAGAUAAAUUACAGUGGCAAGACAAUGACCUUCAUUCAGAACAGAAAAAUGAUUUUAAGUUCAAAAGACAAUCAUCAGAAAUAUUGGACCUUGAACAACAAGGCCCGCUUCUCUACAGUCAGGAAAAUUGUUCUAUUUCCAGAGAGAAGUGUGCUGGUAAAUUCCCACCUGCUCUUGUCCCUGAAGACUUAAGUCUACAUUAUAAAGAUCCACAAGGUCAAAUCCAAGGACCCUUUUCUGGUAGUGAUCUGAUUGGAUGGUUUGAAGCUGGAUAUUUUGGUAUUGAUUUGCAAGUUCGUAUUGCUGGUGCUCCACCUGAUGCACCUUUUUCGUUGCUUGGUGAUGUUAUGCCACACUUGCGAGCAAAAGCAGGGCCACCUCCCGGAUUUGGUGGCGCUAAACAGAAUGAUGCCAUGGAGGUGUCAAGCAGGGGAACCUUUGGCAGCCUUGGGAAUGCUCAUGCAGCAACGAAUGAAUUUGAUGUUACUAAAAGCAUGCAGAUAAAUCGGCACGGGGGAGCAACUGAAGCAGAAAACCGCUUUAUAGAGUCUUUGAUGUCCGGUAACAUGAGCAAUUCAUCAUCGGAGCAUUAUCCUUUUCCUGAAGGUAUCAAAGGAUACAAUGCACCCUCUGCGAGGGCAGAAAGCAUGAGUGAUAUGAAUUACCUUUUGGCACAGAGGAUGUCAUUGGAGCGGCAGAAGUCUAUACCGACUGCACUUCCUUACUGGUCUGGGAGAGAUGCCUCGUUAAUUGGUGCAAAGCCAGAUAUGGUUCCUGAAUUGCCAUCACCACAAUCAAAGUUUCUGCCCCAUGUUGGUGAGGCUUCUGGUCAAAUUCCUCAGUCCCCUCAGCAGGUAGACUUUCUAUCGUUGCUGCAGGCUGCAUCAGGUAAGCCUUCUUCAUCAGCAGUUACCUCAGCACCUGUAUGGCCAAACGCAACAGAGGUUUCGUCUCUGAACAACCUUGUUCAUGGAGGUAUGGAUAUGAUAAAAGAUAAGAUGGACAUGCAUCUUAAUCAGCAUAUCACAUCCCAAGGUGGGUUUGGAGCUCAGCAUCAGAGGGUUCAUCCACAAACUCAGCCUUCUUUUUCACAUUUGUUGGGUCAACCUGUAGACCUUUCACCUGGCGUAGCACCACCUGAAAAGUUGCUAGCUUCAGAAAUUUCUCAAGACCCACAGUUACUUGGUUUAUUGCAACAGCAGUAUCUGAUGUCUCAAAUUCAGCACCAAUCUCAGUCAUCUAUUCCCCCUAAUCUCUCCCUAUUGGACAAGUACUUAUUACUCAAGCAGCAGCAGCAGCAGAGACAAGAGCAACAGCUACUGCUGCAGCAGCAGCAUUUGCUUUCUCAGGUUCUAUCUGGGCCCCAACCUCAUCAGCAUUUUGGUGAUCCGUCCAUGGGACAUUUAAAAGCUUCUCCACUAGUAGCAAAUGUUUCUGCAGACCAUCUCGGUCUUCACCAAAUGCAUGAAACGCUUAUGAACAACCAGCAGAUGCCGGUCCUGAACUCACUUGAUGGGCGGUCAUCUGAUCUUUCAAAUGUCAACAUUCAAGGUUCCAAGGAUGUCAGUUUGACAGUUAGCUCUGGACUUCCUCCCCCCAACUUGCCUCAUCAGAUGUUUAACCAUUCCUCCCGGCCAGAUGGAUGGGAUAAUAUUCUUCCUAAAGAGGUAGAGGGUGUUUCAUAUUCUGAUCCGGUUUCAGCAAGUGCUGCAGUAAACAGUUUUGUCUUGGCUGAACCUGUUGAGAAAAGUGCAAAGGAUGGCUUUGCUGAACAGGGGAAUGUGCUAGAUCUUGACAAUAGUGAAGUGAAAGAUAGGCCGCCUGCUGUGAGUAAUGUGAAAGAAAACAUGACAUCAGCGGCAGCUGGAACUGUAAGUAGCAAUGUGGUUUCAGAGGGAGCAAUAUCUUCCGAUAUUGUGUCUUCUCUUUCUGAAAAAAUUAAUGAUGCGAACCUUUCUCCAGAAAGAAUUCCCACGAAGAGCCAGAAUGAAGUGCUCCCAGUGAAAGAAGUAAAAAAAGUAGAAGUAAAAGAGGCAAAAAAAGCAUCAGAGAAAAAAUCCAGAAAGCAGAAGAGCUCAAAGUCACAGCUUGUUGCUGAACACGGUAAGGGGUCAUCUACAGUUAGUAGCAAGCAAGCAAAACCAGAUGUUGAAACUGAGGGAGCAAAUAUUGAUGGAAGAAUGGUUGAAUUACAGAUGGAAGUGGAAGAGUCUCUUCACAUGACUCAAACUCUGGGAACUGAACUCACAGGCUCUGUUGUGCAUGCUGCACAAUCAGAGAAAGCUGAACAAGGUGGAAUUGGAACACCAUCAAUUAACUCGCAAACUUCAACAAAUCGAGCAUGGAAGCCUGCUCCAGGGCUUAAACCUAAGUCAUUGUUAGAAAUUCAACAGGAAGAACAACGCAGGCUUCAGACCGCCCCCAUAAUUUUGGAGACUUCAGCAGCGCCUAUGCCUACAAAUAAUUCUCGUACCCCUUGGGCAGGUGUUGUUGCCAAUUCAGAACAACAAUCUAGAACUGACACAGUUCACAAUCUAAAUAGCUCAGAAGGUGUCGUGGGCAUUUCUGCAAGUACUAUCACAUCGAAGAGCAGAAAAAGCCAGUUGCAUGAUUUAUUGGCUGAAGAAGUUUUGGCCAAGUCAAAUGAAGAAGAUAAUGCCGUUCUGGAUGAAAAUGGUUUAUCAUUGCCUCCUCUGGCUCAUAUGGUUGCUCAAGCUGAAGCUCAUGAUGGUGAUUUCAUUGAGGCCAAAGACAGUAAAAAAAGCCGUAAAAAGGCGGCAAAGGCUGCUAAGGCUGCUGGACUCAAGGCAUCACCGCCAGUUAAUUCAGCUUACCUAUCUGCUUCUGUAGUUGCUGCAGAGAAGAGCAAAAGUACUCGUCAGAUGCAGCAAGAGAAAGAACUAUUACCUGUUCCAUCUGCAGGCCCAUCAUUAGGAGAUUUUGUUCCUUGGAAGGGUGACCAAUCAAGCUCUUCACCUGCCCCAGCAUGGUCUACUGACUCAACGAAGGUUCAGAAACCCACAUCAUUAAGGGACAUUCUUAGGGAGCAAGGAAAAAAGAAUCCAUCAGUACAGCAACAGAUCCCAGUACCAACUCCUCCUAAAGUUCAAUCAAGUCGGGGGAAUCGUGGAACCGGUUCAUCAUGGCCUGUGCCUGGUUCUUCUCCUUCCAAAGUUACAUCUUCUGGUCAAAACAAAGCAGCAUCUCCUGGGCGUACUAGUCCUAUUACUUCCAAUCAGUCAAAACCCAAAGCGGAAGAUGAUCUAUUCUGGGGGCCUCUUGAUCAAUUAAAACAGGAAACAACACACAGAUCUGAUUUUCCAUCUCUUGCGAGUCCUGGAGGAAAAGGUACCUCCAGUAAAGUUGCAUCUUCAACACGGCAGAAGUCUACAGGAGCUGGGUCUUCUUUGCCAGCUGCUGGCCAAGCUUCAUCCAAAGGGAAGAAAGGUGCAGCAUCCAAGCAUUCAGAGGCAACAGAUUUCAGAGAUUGGUGUGAAAGUGAAUUGGUUAAGCUUACUGGGACUAAUGAUACAAGCUUCUUGGAGUAUUGCCUGAAGCAGUCAGCUUCAGAGGCUGAAAUGCUGCUCAGAGAAAAUCUUGGUUCAAUGGACCGUAAUCAUGAGUUCAUCGAUAAGUUUCUCAACUACAAAGAAUUUCUUUCACCUGAUGUCGUUGAAAUGGCAUUUAGUGCUCAGAGCAGUACCCUUACAAGCAAGGAUACUACCAGGAAUUUGAGGGAAGUUGACGCUGAGGGAGGAGGGAGUAAGAAGAAAGGAAAGAAAGGGAAAAAGGUCAGCCCUGCUGUUUUAGGGUUUAACGUUAUGAGUAACAGGAUCAUGAUGGGCGAGAUUCAAACUAUCGAAGAUUAGGAUUUUUUUUAGGGCAAUAGAGUGUACAUACAUUCUGAAGGUCCGCCAUCUGUACAUUACUCCGUACUGAUAUGUUUUCCUUUUUUUGUGUUUUUUCUUUUUCAUGUGCCCUCUGUAGACGGGAGCAUAACAACAGUGAGCUAGUAGGCUCAAAGUUUUUGUCGUAGUUUUGUUUUAUCGUGCUAUUCUCCGUUAGUUGACAGUAGUAGUGUUGUUGCGUUGACUGUAUAACUGAAGCGGGUUGUAAUUGAUUUGGGAGUUCAAGGAUGUUUCUUCCUAUUGUUUGCUUGUUGCCA